GGUCGAGUUCCCAAACUCCCCAGACCCAGCAUCGAUAUCAUCACGAGCAUCAAGUCUCCCCGUGGGGGGCGCUAGGGGCGUUGAUAGCGCGGUUUUUUUCUUCACUUUGCCCCCCCUUACAAGAUGGUUUCAAGCCCAACCGUUGGGUCCAUGGUCCGGUUUUUCCAUGAGUCGGUGUCCGGGGAAAAUGCUUAGCCAAACUGGUGGUCUGCUUUUUGUGCCAUCGACUCUUUAAUACUUCCCCAUUUCUCUCUUCUUGAUCUGGUUCCCACUUCUCAAUUGUCGUUUUUUUGCGGGGGACUCCAUUUUGUUUCCUUAGGAAUACUGCCGACGAUGCAUCAUGAGGGAUGAUACCCCCAAUAUCAUUGCUUCGGCCGCCAUAACACUUCCUCUCGCGACCUUGGCUCUUAUUGCCCGACUUAUUGCGAGGAAGAUCACGAAAGCUGGAUAUGGCAUUGAUGAUGCUUUCGCCGUUGUUGGCUGGGUAUGUUAAACUCUCAUAUGGAUAUGAUGUGUUCUGACAUGGCUCAAGUUGGGCUCAUUGGCCUUGUUGACGAACGGAAUGAUAUGGAUCAAGGAUGGACUGGGAAAGCCAAUGGAGGUUGGACUUACGGACGACUUUACGUUUCACGAUAAAAACCGACUGGCUUGGAUACAUAUGUGGACGACGAGCUUCACUUACACCUUCGCCAUCGCCUUCUCGAAAUUCGCCAUCCUCGCUUUUUACUGGCGUCUCUUCCAAUUCUCCGACAUCCGAAUCCCCAUUCAGGUCCUGUCAUGCAUCACAGUGGCAUGGUUUCUGCUGCGACUCUUCAUGGUGUGUUUGCAAUGUCUACCACUCACAGCAUUAUGGGAUGGAGACCAAGCAACGAGGGAUGCCAAAUGCCAUAUCCGCGAAUCGACGUUUUUCUUCUCGACGGUUUUGACGCACGUUUUGAUCGACUGCGCCAUUCUUAUUCUGCCCGCCAUCGAAAUUGGGAAACUUCAUUUACCCAAGGGCCAGAAGGUUGCUGUCAUUGCAUUGUUUGCGUUUGGUGCAAUGACCUGUCUGGCAUCCAUUUUCGUCCUCGUUGAGUCAUUCAAGUUCAAGUCGGAUUCAAAAGAGAUGACGUUACAAAUGGGACAGCACUAUGCUUGGUCAAUCGCCGAGUGCAAUUUUGCCGUCAUUGCUGCUUGUCUUCCCAUGCUUCGACCAGUCGCACGCAAGAUCCUCCCAGGCUCAUUCCUCACCUCCAACAGCGGCGGUCAAUCAACCCAAAUCAGCGCCCCCUUCAGCGCACCAUUCAGCAACGGCAUCCGCCUCACCAGCGUAUCCAAGACGCGAUCCCGCGAAAACGACGGCGGAAGCUCAACACACGAACUUUCCAACAACCCACCAGAUCUAUACGACAUAAGCGAAUGGCCACACGGUACACAAACCACGAUAUCAAGCCCUUUUAGGAAAUAUACAUCUGCGAAGGACUAUGAGAGCAGCGAGACGGGGAUCCGUGUUGACGAAGAGACGGCUGUUUCUGUACAACGGCGUGAUGAUGGUGUAUGAAACAGGGCGGCGACCCUCGGCGUUUUGGAUGUGAUAUCAGCGAGGCUGAGUUCUUUUUUACCUUAGAUACCACUGGAUAAAUACCAACAGAACCUUGAUUGUCAAGCAAAACGUCCAUUGCGUCGUAAGUUGUGUCAUCUGCGUCUCACUCCAAUGUGAGGUCGAAUUUGGGUUCUGCACCAGCACAACGGUGUCGGCCCGCCAGCCUCAACCUUUUCAGCAUUCCAGUUGCAUUCGCUUGCACGGAAUUAGCCAGACCCAAGC